ACGAUUUAUCUCAACUACUACCGACGCAUCCCACUAUCAUCAACCGUUCAUCAAAUAUGACUGCGGUGGUUAAGAUUCAACUUCAGAUCCAAUAAUCUGAACCGUUCAUCUCUCCAGCAGACAUGAAAAAUUAACAUAAACGUGGUUUCAUGAAAUAAUUGAAAAAAAUGAAUCUAACCCAGAUCUUGUUUCAUAGGGGCUUUUCAGUCAUUAACUACACUUCAACUACCACUACCUCUCUCUUUUGAUUUUUUCCCUAUAAAUUCACACCUUAGUCUUCUCUUUGGACUCACACAGCUUGAUCAGACUUAACCAAAGCAAAGCAGGUUCAUUCUGUUCAAGCAUCAACUUCUCUUCCUUAAUACAACAACCUUUUUCUUAAGGUCUUAAUCAAAGAUGGCAACAGAAACUUUCCUAUUCACAUCUGAAUCAGUGAACGAGGGACACCCCGACAAACUUUGCGACCAGAUCUCUGAUGCUGUUCUUGAUGCUUGCCUUGAGCAAGAUCCAGAGAGCAAAGUUGCAUGUGAAACUUGCACAAAGACCAAUAUGGUUAUGGUUUUUGGUGAGAUCACAACAAAAGCCAAUGUUGACUAUGAAAAGAUUGUCCGUAACACAUGCAGGAACAUAGGAUUUGUUUCAGAUGAUGUUGGUCUUGAUGCUGACAACUGCAAAGUUCUUGUCAACAUUGAACAACAGAGUCCUGAUAUUGCUCAAGGUGUUCAUGGCCAUCUCACAAAAAGACCUGAGGAAAUCGGUGCUGGUGAUCAAGGUCACAUGUUCGGGUAUGCCACUGAUGAGACACCGGAAUUUAUGCCUUUGAGCCAUGUUCUUGCAACCAAGUUAGGAGCUAAGCUCACUGAGGUUCGCAAGAACGGAACUUGCCCUUGGUUGAGACCUGAUGGAAAGACACAAGUCACUGUUGAGUAUUACAAUGAUAAGGGUGCCAUGGUUCCAAUCCGUGUCCACACCGUGCUUAUCUCAACACAGCACGACGAAACUGUUACCAACGACGAAAUUGCAGCUGAUUUGAAAGAACACGUGAUCAAGCCUGUGAUCCCUGAGAAGUAUCUCGACGAGAAGACCAUUUUCCACUUGAACCCUUCAGGCCGUUUCGUCAUCGGUGGUCCUCACGGUGACGCAGGUCUAACCGGCCGUAAGAUCAUCAUCGAUACUUAUGGAGGUUGGGGUGCACACGGUGGUGGUGCUUUCUCCGGAAAAGAUCCAACAAAAGUCGACAGAAGUGGUGCUUACAUUGUAAGACAAGCUGCAAAGAGUAUUGUUGCUAAUGGACUUGCUAGAAGGUGCCUUGUGCAAGUUUCCUAUGCUAUUGGUGUUCCUGAGCCAUUGUCUGUUUUCGUUGAUUCUUAUGGUACUGGAACGAUCCCCGACAAGGAAAUCCUUAACAUUGUUAAGGAAACCUUUGACUUUAGGCCUGGAAUGAUCUCUAUUAACCUUGAUCUUUUGAGGGGUGGGAAUAGCAGGUUUUUGAAGACUGCUGCUUAUGGACAUUUUGGUAGAGAUGAUGCUGAUUUCACAUGGGAAGUUGUUAAGCCACUCAAGGGAGGAAAGUUAUCUACUGCAUAAGUGAAGUGUGAUGAUGAUUCCAAUCUUGUCAAACAUGGAGUUUUGGAUGUUGCCUACAAUCAUGAUUGUAACAAAAUAGUUAUAAUUUUUAUUGUGUACCCCCCUCUCCCUCUCAUUUUAUGUUUUCAUUUAUUAUAUAUGUAUUUGAUUUGAUUGGUAAUUUUUUUUCUUUUCUGAUUUGUGUAUUUGUAUUUGUUCGUUUAGAACAUAUAUUUUACAUGAUCAACCGACAAAAUGUUGUCCAAGGAUUUAUUCCAUAUAUUGUAAUAAUAUCAAAUUAAAGUGAGGUUACAAUUAGUUGGUUACUAAA